CCAGAAAUUAUGAGCAAAUUGGCUGGUGAAUCGGAAUCGAAUCUACGCAAAGCAUUCGAAGAAUGUGAGAAGAAUUCACCAGCAAUUUUAUUCAUCGAUGAACUUGAUGCAAUUGCACCAAAACGUGAAAAGACUCAUGGUGAAGUUGAGCGCCGUAUCGUUUCGCAACUGCUCACGCUCAUGGAUGGCUUAAAACAACGUAGCCAUGUUGUUGUGAUGGCAGCAACAAAUCGGCCGAACUCAAUCGAUCCAGCACUGCGUCGUUUCGGCCGUUUUGAUCGUGAAAUCGAUAUCGGAAUUCCGGAUGCAACCGGAAGAUUGGAAAUCCUUCGUAUUCAUACAAAAAAUAUGCGGCUUGGUGAUGAUGUUGACUUGGAACAGAUCCAUUUUCAGUUCAGUACAGGCGAUUGCUAG